AUGUCGACAUCUCUACCCCGGACGGUCCUUGCCUAUCAGCGCAAUGCGAAACUCUACACGCUCUCCACGCUUGUCACAUCCAUCACACCGUUCCAACAACUCGCCGAAGCCAGCCGGCAGCUGUUCAAGACUGCACCAGAUGAGGACUCCCUCGUGGUGACCACGGCCGAAACCAUCUUCCACCCCCAAGGCGGCGGUCAGCCAUCCGACACGGGCUCCAUCACAUCGUCCACCAACGGCGCAAGAUUCGACGUGUCCACCGUGCGCAUGGACGUCGUCAAUGACGGCGUGGUCCUGCACCUAGGGCGUUUCGCCGACCCGGCUCAAACCUUCACAGCUGGCAGUCUCGUCGCGCAGGCUAUCGACGUGGAGAAACGACUCCUCUACUCGCGGCUGCACACGGCGGGCCACGUUCUUGGCGCAGCGGUGCGACACCUGCUGGAGCACGAGGUGGCCAACUUCGACGAGCUCAAGGCGUCGCAUUUCCCGGACUCGGCGGCGUGCGAGUUCCAGGGCCUGAUCGAGGGCAAGUGGAAGGACCCCAUCCAGCGCCGUGUCGACGAGUACGUCGCCCGCGCCAUGCCCGUGGAGAUCGAGUUCUGGGACCGCGACGACUUUGCGCGCGAGGGCCUCGAGCGCCUGAUCCCCCGCGAGGACGAGGGCGGCGUCAAGAAGCUGGCCCCCGGCGAGAAGUACCGCGUCGUCCGCAUCGUCGGCGCCGAGGUCUACCCCUGCGGCGGCACCCAUGUCGACACGACGGAUCUCUGUGGCAAGGUCGGCGUGCGAAAGAUCAGCAGGAACAAAGGGAAUAGUCGGGUGAGUUACAAUGUACAGUAG